AUGUUAAAGAUAGAAGAAGACAAACCAGAGUUCCCCGCUGCUCAUGAAGGCUCGGAGACGAGCGAAGCUGUCAGAGGUUGCUAUUCAGGUUUUCCUGUUGUGACGAUAAAAGUGGAAGAAGAAGAGGAGCCAUGGGAGUCAGAUGCUCAAGACUAUGAACAAGGGUUUCCUGGUGUGAUCAUAAAGGUGGAACCAGAAGAGGAGCCGUGGGCAUCUGAUGGAAGCGCAACUGUCUCGGGGGUUCAGUCAGGCAACGGUUACGUGAAAGAAGAGCAAGAUUUUUUGCCCGGAAGCAUGAAGCACAUGGAAACCAACAGGGCCAUGACGAGGGGGAGCGUUUUCCGCUAUCUGGGCAGGGCCAAUCAAUACAGAGCAGACAGGCAACCGGGAAGCCACACGGGAAAAAGAGUGAGCAAGAAACCCUACAAAUGCUCGAAUUAUGGGAAAAUCUUCAUUUGGAGAAAAUAUUUCCUUGCCCAAGACAGAAGCCAUACCGGAGAGAAACCGUACACGUGUUUGUAUUGUGGGAAAACCUUCAACGUGCGGUCGUACCUCCUUGCCCACGAGAGAACCCACACAGGAGAGAAACCACACAAAUGCUCGCUUUGCGGGAAAGGCUUCAACGUGCGUUCCUACCUUAUCGCUCAUUGGAGAACCCAUACCGGAGAGAAGCCGCACAUCUGCUCGUUUUGCGGGAAAAGCUUCAGUGGCAGGUCCAACCUCAACAGGCACCAAAGAAGCCACACGGGAGAGAAGCCCUACACCUGCGCGGUGUGCGGGAGGAGCUUUAGUCACAAGGCGCACAUGAUCAGACACGAGCGCAUCCACACGGGGGAGAAGCCCUACAAAUGCUCGCAGUGCCUGAAGAGCUUCAGCCAGAGUUCGACCCUCAUUUCUCAUGAGAGAACCCACACGGAGAAACCAUAUAAAUGUUCAUACUGUGAGAAGAGCUUCAGCCAAAGCGCCAAGCUGGCAACGCACGAAAGGACCCACACGGGUGAGAAACCCUACGAAUGCCCAGCAUGUGGGAAAGGUUUCAAUCACCGGUCGGAUUAUAUCAUCCACGAGAGAACCCACACAGGGGAUAAACCCUAUGCGUGUUCCAUCUGUGGGAAAGGUUUCAGCGGGAGAUCCAACCUUACCAGACAUGAGAGAAGCCACACGGGAGAGAAACCCUACCUCUGCUCUGUUUGCGGCAAAGGCUUCUGCCAUAAAGCACACCUCCUUCGCCACGAGAAAAUCCACACGGGAGAGAAGCCGUACAAGUGCUUGGAUUGCGGCGAGAGCUUCAAGCACAGGACUGACCUCAUCGGCCACGAGAGGAGCCAUUCAGGGGUAAAGCAGUACACCUGCACGGCCUGUGGGAAAAGCUUCAGUGGGAAAUCAAACCUUAACAGACACAAGAGAAGCCACACAGGCGAGAAACCCUACACAUGCUUGGUCUGCAGCAGGAGCUUCAGUCACAAAGCGCACCUGAUUAGACAUGAGAGAAUCCACACUGGGGAAAAACCGUACAAAUGCUCGCACUGCACGAAAAGUUUCAAUCAAAGCUCUACCCUCGUUGCUCACGAGAGAACCCACACAGGAGACAAAUCGUGCAAAUGCUGAGUUUUUUUGUAGGGGGGGGGGAGGGAAUCGCUUUUGGGUUUUGGAACAUUAAGCCCUAGAGGUUGCCAAUGGAUUGCAUGCAUUGUGCUUUUAAAACUUCAUCCAGCCCCUAAUGUGCCUUUUAGGCAAAGAGGGUGACUUUUAAAAAUAUUAUAAAUAAACGUUAGGAGGAAAAUGGCGUAAAAAUGUGAGGGGGAGGGCUUCUCAGUCACACCCCAGUCUUUCUGCAAAUGGAGGAUUUCCCUAGAAAAGUGUUUGGUUUUAAAUGCUUUCCUCAAUCUCAGUUCAGUAUGGUUUUAAAGAGAAAAAGAUAAUCUGUCAAGGAAAAGUGCCAUAGCUCAGCGGUAGAGUGCAUGUUUUGCAUCCCAGAUCAAGAUCCCAAAUGCAAUCUCCAUUUAAUAAAGGUAGCAGAACUAGGAACACUCCUUGCCUAAGAUUGGUACUGGGUUAGAGAGAGCAAUGGUCUGCUUCACUUGGGGGAAUUAUCGAAACCUCGGGGGAAGGGAGACACAAAGUGGAGGCAGUUGCUGGGGAGCGUGAAUGGGAGGGUGCCGUGGCACUCACAACUUAAGAACCUAAGAAGAGCCCUGCUGAAUCAGACCGAGGGUCCGUCUAGUCCAACACUCUGUUCACACAGUGGCCAACUAGCCGUCAGCCAGGGACCAACAAAACAGGA